UUGGGGAAAACAAAAUGUCGCUCGACAAACCAACUCCGGGACAAAUACUUACUAUAUUCUUUGUAGACGACCCUAUAUAGAGUUAAAAUGGGAAAACUAAAAUGUUUUGAAAUCAUUCUUGCGGGAAACAAAUCUGUUUUCCACCCAGGCGAAAAAGUAUGCGGGAAAGUCGUAGUCGAUCUGAAGGGCGACAUGAAAAUGAGAUCUCUGCGCAUUUUUAUGAGAGGGGUAGCAAAGGUACACUGGACUGAAUCAAGAAGUACAGGCAGUCGUCUUGGUUCUUACACUGAACAUUAUAAUGCAGAAGUGGAAUAUUUCUUUAAAAGACAAGUUCUGUUUGGAGGAGAAGUAUCAGAAGGAAGAGAUACACUGACAGAAGGUAGACACGAGUUCAGUUUCUCCUUUGAUUUACAGAUGGGAGGUAUUGCAACAUCAUUUGAGGGAAAACAUGGCAGUAUACGGUAUUGGCUAAAGGCUGAGAUGGACAAACCCUGGUCAUUCAACCAUAAAACUAAGAAAGCUUUUACAGUCAUUAGUCCAAUAGAUAUAAAUAAAGCAGAAUACCAGUUAUGUGUUGAGAGCAGUAUUGAAAAGACUUUAUGUUGCUGGAUGUGUACCUCAGGACCAAUUAGUAUGACAGCAAGAUCUGAUCGCAGAGGGUAUUGUCCUGGAGAAUCCAUAGCCAUAUCUGCUGAGUUUGAGAACCACUCAUCACGGACAGUGAUACCAAUGGCUACCCUUUAUCAAACACAAGCUUUCUUUGCCAAUGGUAAAUCAAGGGUCAGAAGGACAAAGUUCACAGUAUUGACAGGAUUGCCAGUUGCACCCCAAUCACAUGGAAGCUGGGAUUCACAGCUGUUGAAGAUCCCUGCAGUUUCACCUUCUAUCAUUAACUGUUGUGUGAUGAAAGUUGACUAUUAUAUUAAAGUGGCAUUACAUAUACCUGGUGCUUAUAAUCUGACAUUGCAUUUACCUAUAGUGAUAGGAACCGUGCCCUUUCGACAAGGACCAACUAGAUACACAAGUACCAGGUUCUUCAAUGAAACAUUUACAGACUACCAAAACAGGACAACAUUACCUGUACCUCCACCUUAUAGAGAAACUAUCACACCUCCCCCACCGUUUGAUGAUCCACCAACUUAUCAUGAGAGUGUAGGUGGAGCUGUUAGAUUAGAUGAUGAAGAUGACGAUGAUGAUGAAAAUACAUGUAAUAUGGGAGACCUAACAUAUACACCUAUGUAUAACUAUGUAUAUAAUUAUAGACCACCACCUACUUAUACUGAGGAGGACCCUCAUCCAAUUAGUUUAUGUGAUGUACCAAGAAGGUUGCCUCGGAACAUUGAUCGGUGAUGACAAAUAUUUCAGCUAUUUCUCAGCAGUGCCUGUUUAUAUUUUAUAUUAAAUGGCAAUUUUGAUACCAGCCAAAGAAAAGGGGGAAUGUCAACCUUAAAGACUUCAGCUGGAUAGAAGUGGAAAUAUUUGUUCAGGUCUCAGGAUGUUUGCCUAAAUGUUGUCAGAAUUUUACAUUGUGGACAGAGCUAAUACUAUUUUCUUGUCAAAGAUAUGUCACACAUAGAAAUUACAAUUGUAAUGUGAACCAUUGUUUAUGUAUGUGUUUGUUUAUUGGAAUGACUAAACCACUGUAAAUCCACCAGUCAACUGUAUUUAUAUUAUGUAAAGGGUUGUUGUACUUAUAUUGGUCAAUUUUGUUUAUAGAGUAGUAAACUAUUCUAUCAUUCAAGCUUAAAGGUACAAUUAAUAUUCUAGGAUGGAUUCUAUUCUAUUCAACUUUUUUUUAGUUUGCAACAUUUUGUUGCAGAAUAAGACAUAACAAUCUCACAAUCUGUUUUUUGAAGUUAUCAACAUUUAGGUUCAAUUUAUUGAAGACAUCAAUAAAUUUAUCAAAUCUGAUGGAAAUUAUAUUAAAGAAGAAUAGAAUCUGGGUUUUUUUUAUGGUAAAACUUGGAAAAUGGCAAAAUGGCAAGAAUACCAUGUUGAAUGGCAGUUAAUGGGACCAUUUCAGAGUCUUUGUUCAUGUAAUAUGUAUUAAGGCUAAACCACUGUUCUAUAGUUUAUAAACUGAUGAAAAUAUUAUAAAGGAGGGUAAUCUUAUUUUUUAACAGAAAAAGAAUACAUGUUUCACAAUAGAUUAAUCUUAUACUUGAAAUUACAGAUAAUGCAGAUUAAUACAAAAUUUGUAAGACAUGAUAUACUUAAUGAUGCCCCUCAUAUAAUGGCUUUGCUAGUAGAUUGUGCUAAGGUAAUUGUAUUACCUUAAAUUCAAUUGCUUUAAAUAAUAUUAUACAAUAUUUUGUGGCAACUUAUUUGAUGUUUUAAUAUAAUUAAGGGUAUACUUGUAAGAAGCAGUACACAAGGGUAAUAGGCAAUGUUAUUAGAAUGUUGUUUGUUUUUAACAAUCUAGUAUGAAAUUAAUUGAUUAAUUUCCUGUGUAGAUAUUGCAGUAGAUGUAUGUAUUAAUUAUAACAAGAUAUUCAACAUCUUUACAAUAAAACAGAACCAUCGAAACUACUGUACAUGUUGUAAUAGCUUACUACAAAUAAUAUUAUACUUAUAUUGAAUUAUUGGUGUGAAUAAUAGCAUGACAUUAAUUUAUGCAUUUAAGUCUUCGAAAUUUACACCUACCUAUAUUUGUAAAAGGUGCUCUUUGUCCAGUGAUAAUUUAUGCCAAUAUGCUGUAUAGCGGGUUAUUUUUGCGGAUGUAAAAUUUAGCAAUUUUCAUUGAAUAAGGUAUAAGAAAAAUUUUGGCGGUUAUUAUUCUGGCAGAUUCAAAACUUUUAUCAAUACCUUUGCAUGUACAUGUACAAAUUUAAUUUUGCGGAAUCGCUUUUGGCAAUUUUGUUCUAUCCGGGAAAUUGAGUGAAAUUUACACCCUGUGAAAAUAACUCCCUAUACAGUUUGUGUGUUUUAAUAAAUGAUGUAUGAUGGUGUUAUAGAUAAUAGAUUUGUGUUACUGAAUACUGCCAUACUUGAUAUUGUUAAAUGUUUUGAAUAUGGUGAAGAAACCUACUACUUACCAAUGAGAAAUUUAAAUUUGAAUACCUGAAUGAAGCUUUCAUUAAAAUUUAUAUCUUAAAUUGGUCAUUUGUUCUAAGGUGACAUAAAGUUUUCAACAAUUAUUUUGAAUUUAUUCUGUUCAAGUUUUUAUUGAUUUUAUUUUGAUACUGAGGUUUAUAGUGUAUUCUGUAAACAAUUUAAUUUUGGCAAAUGAUCAAUUCUUGCAUUUUAUCAGGAGCUAUUUUAAAAUGUAAUGUUUUCAAACCAAAAGUGGCUAGAACUCUCCUACCCUUUCAAUUAGGACAGUACAUUUUAAGGUAAAAUAUCGCCUUAAUAAGCCAGUUUUACAAUCCAUGUUGAAAACCCUUUCACAGUCAAUGCUAAAAAGUUUAUAAAGGUAUCAUAUGACAGGAUUAAUAUGGUACACUAAUUCUAAUAAAUAACUUUUAUUUUA